CAGAGAGAGACGGAGAGCAGAGCCUGACACAGCAGAGAAAGGUCUGCGACGUAGUGAAACUGAAAAGCAACAGAAAAAGAAUAUUUAAAUCUGCUCACGACCUGUGACGACCUGUGGAGCUCCAUACGACGGGAACUGAGAGAUUUCUAAUCACGGAAGAGCUGAAUUUGCUCUGAAUAGUUCAGCAUUUUUGUUGUAACAGAACAAGGAUAUCUGGAAAUGAUCCGAGCACUGGAUUUUCUUUCUCUUUUCUUUCUUGUCUUUCCUAUAAUCUUUGCAGAAAGAAGUUUUCACCCCAGAGACUCAGCUGAACGACAGUCCAAGACAGAGGUGCAAGUCAGACCCAUCGUAACCCCCAGAUCUGCUCAGAGAUAUCUUUGGAAAUAUGGUUGGAUAGAGCCAGUGCUCUGGGAGUCCCGACCUUCCCAUGGAAAGCCAACUCCCACAGUGGAAAACGUGAUCCAAUCAGACAGGACCAACCAGGAACAUUUGGAGAACACACCAUUUGACAGUGAAUUCCCCACAGACAUAGGCCUCACAUUAAACCCUAGAUUCAGUGGAGCCCUACACAGGUUCCAGGAAGCCAACAAGCUAGUGGUGACAGGGAAGCUGGAUGCUGCCACCAUGAAGGCCAUGAAUGUCCCACGAUGUGGAGUUCCUGACCGCAAAGUGCCUGAGGGUGAGGAGACUCAGCCAGAAGAUCAUGAGGAAAAUGGGUCCACCAUUCCAUCCAACCUCAAUGAGAGUGAAGAAGACAGCAGGGACACACAUCAAGAGAGUACAGAGGACGUCCAAGAAAGAGGACAAACGUUAAGUCUUCCAGCAAAGCGUCUUGUCAGGAGGAAGCGAAGCCAAUUGCUAAAAGCUGGGGCUAAAACAACAGCCUUUUCCAAGCAUACAUUGAAAUGGAGACUACUCGGAGAAGGCUACAGUGUUUGGUUGUCCAAAGAGCAGCAGCGUUACAUACUGCGCCUUGCCUUUCGCAUGUGGAGUGAGGUUGUGCCUCUCAACUUUGAGGAAGACUUGUUUUCUCCAGCUCAUCUUAUAGACAUCAAACUGGGGUUUGGGACACGUCGGCACUUGGGCUGCUCCCAGCUGUUUGAUGAUAUGGGCAGAGAAUUUGCUCACGCCUGGCAACUCGGCGAUAUUCACUUUAAUGAUGAUGAACACUUUGUCCCCCCAAACAGCGAGCAUGGGAUCAGCCUCCUCAAGGUUGCAGUACAUGAGAUUGGUCAUGUUCUUGGUCUGAGUCAUAUGAAUCUGCUGGGAUCUGUCAUGCAGCCAAAUUAUAUCCCAGUCAAUGAAAAGAUGGAGCUGGACUUGAACGACCGGAUGGCAAUACAGAAAAUCUAUGGAAAAUGUUCAGGGAGGUUCAAUACAGUGUUUGACUGGGUCCAUCAGGAGCCAGAUGAUCUGGGCCGCCAGGUGUCUCAUUACAACACCUAUUUUUUCCGGCGUAGCUGGUACUGGCGGUAUGAGAACAGCAGUAACCGUACAUGGUAUGGCUACCCCCAAGAGCUUAAGGUGGGCUGGGAAGGAAUCCCUCAUGCUGACAUUGAUGCUUUCCUGCACUUCUGGACUAAGAAGAAGCGAUUUACCUUCUUCUUCAAAGGCAAACUAUACUGGCGAUAUGAUGACCUAAAUGACAAGACCUACAGGCAGGACCCUGAAGGACACAUCUACCCUCGGCUCAUCUCAGACGGAUUUCCAGGAAUCAGUGGCCCCAUAGACACCGUUUUCUAUGAUCAAAGAGAUCACAACAUCUACUUUUUCCAUGGGAGGAAUGUAACAGCAUUUGGCAUGGAAAGUCAGAAGGUGGUUCCUGGGUACCCGAAAGCCAUUGAGGAUCUGUUUCCUGCAGCUAAAAGUGGUGACCACCCUAAAGGAAAUUUGGACUCUGUGUAUUUCUCUUUCAGCCACAAGGCUAUCUUCUUCAUCAAGGGCUCAUAUGUAUGGAAUGUGGCUACAAGUGAUGACCUACCCUAUAACUCAUUGCUUCCACACCGUCUUAUCAAUGAACAGUGGAAAGAUAUUUGUGAUGUUCACCCCUCCAUGCUUUCUAUGCCCAGGAGAUAAGGGAGCAGAACUAGUCAAAGUUGCCUCUCUAUACCCAGGGGACAGAGAUUGAGGUCUGAUAUAGACAAGGUUUGGUCUUUAUACCCACAAAAUAAUGUACCAAGUUAGACUUAUCCAAGGACUUAUCCAAGGUUGGUUAUUUAUACCCAGCAUAUGGGGCACUAGGCUACCUGCUAGCCCUAGCCAUGUUUGGCUUUCUACUCCCAGGAGAUAGGAUGUCAAACUAGACACAGCCAAGGAUGGAUAGCUAUAGCCAGAAAAGAGGGUGCUAUGCCCAAUUUAUCCAGGAUUGUACCUUUUUUAACCUAGGGUAUAGGGAGAUUGGAAAACAAGGACCAGGACAAAUCUAGCCAAAUUCAUUUGGAUAAAGAGGAGAGCACCACUGGUUAACUGCUUAAUAGAAUUUAUUGCUGACUAAAACACAACAUGUUUUGGGCCCUGUUGUGCCUUUCGCUAAGGUUCACUCUGUACAUGGUGAUAGGUCCUAUUUGGGAAUCUUGCCUGUCUGUACUCAGGAGAUAGGGUGCCAGACCAGAUCUAGGCAAAGUUGUCCAACUGUCAGUGGGUGAUAGGGUGCUAGAUGUGGUUUAGCCAAGUCAGUCUAAGAAAGUUUGGUCUCAGUAACCUAUCCUUCUGCUAUACUGACGGGGUACAGCUCCUAUAUGUCCACUGCUCUUCCUUGCACCUCCUACAUUUUCUCUGACAGCCUGGAAACUGGAAGUUCUAUACAUCUUCAUGAAAUGUCUUUGCGAGUUAGAACAUCACACCUAUUUCAUUUCCUAGCUGGCUCCCUGAAUGGAAUGGUGAGACCCUUCCUGAGGACUCUGAAAGGCUAGAUUGUUGCUUUGGGAGUCACCUUAUAACCAACACUGUAAUGACUGUAUGAGAAACAGGAUUACUAGAUAAAGAUGAGAAGCCAGAGGCUUUGAUUGUGUCAAUAGUAAAUACAUAUCUAAACUGAAUUAAACUGCUGAUACUU